GGACUACAGUGGCUGACGAAGUAGCGCCGCAACGACAGCUAGCCAUUAUGACGAUAUUGGUAAAACCUGAAAUGAUCCUUGAAAUGCAUAGAAAAGUUGCAAGAAUCAGCCCUUAAAUUUUCUGGCACCUGUAGCCGAGCAUCCUGUAUAUUUGGCAGAGAUGACAGAGGCAUUUAAACAGAUUAAAAAUUCUGUUGAGUCGAGGAACGGUGCAAGACUAAUUAUUAAAUUCAUUUUAAUUAUAAAAAACUCACGAACGAUGUUCAAGCACAGGGUAUUGACACUGAAUAAAGUCAUGGAACAAAGGAUUAAAAAAAUAAUUUUGUCGAUAAUGCAAAAGAGCGGAUUAACAACGAAAAAAGGAAAUAUUGAUGGUUUAAAAGUGAAACACGAAAUCGCUUGGUUUUCGCAUAUUUCAAAUACGGAUCCUCGUUUAAUUUUGCUUCAUGUAACCGAACAGAUCUGCCAGCGAGAUGAUCGAAUUUCAGCUUAA